AUGGUCCUAACAACCGGCUGGAUUGUGAGUGCCCAAGCGGCUACUCCUAUGUCAAUUCUCAGCUCAGGUACAUGGGCUGCACACGGGUUCAUGCCGCAAAGCUGUGACGGGAAGAACUACUCCGCCGAGUUUGAGGUUGUCAAGCUCCCAAACACCACUUGGACAAACUCGCCAUACGAAAGACUUAUGCACAUCAGAGAGGACGAGUGUGCAGACUACUGCUUGGACGACUGCCUCUGUGUCGCUGCUACUUAUGAUGGAACUUACUGUAGCAAGAUGGUGUCGCUGGCAGGUAUCGGACGCCGUGGAGAUGACAUCGCCAUGAAGGCGUUGAUCAAGGUGCGGACGAGCAGCCCCUCGUUGCCGGUGCCACCAAGAAGGAUAUUGCCUUAUGCACUAUUCGGUGGCUCGGCAUUCCUGUUGCUGCUGUCCGGGGUAAGUAGUCUCAUGUUACAUUGCUACCUUAGGAAGAAGAAUACCAACCAUGACUUUGUUAGGGCUUACACCACAAAAGAGCUUUACAAAGCCACCAAUGGCUUUCGUAAGUUGCUAGGCAGAGGAGGCUUUGGCGAGGUCUACCAUGGGGUGUUGAAGUCGCUACAUUCCCCCGACAUAGCAGUGAAGAAGCUCAUCAGUUCCAAUGAUUACAGUGAGAGGGAGUUCGCGAAUGAGGUACAGUCCAUCGGCCAGAUCCACCAUAGGAACCUAGUCCGCAUGGUUGGUUACUGCAAAGAGAAGGAGCAACGGAUGUUGGUGUUCGAGUUCAUGCCAGGUGGUUCCCUUCGGAGCUUCCUAUUCCAGCCUCAGCAGCAACCGAUGUGGAGUUGGCGCGCUGAGGCAGCCCUUGGCAUCGCCAAGGGCCUGGAGUACUUACAUGAAGGAUGCAAUUAUCCAAUCAUCCACUGUGACAUCAAGCCCGACAAUAUAUUGUUAGAUAGCAAGAAAAAUCCGAAGAUUACUGACUUUGGGAUUGCCAGGCUUCUUAGUGACCAGCAGAUGCACACCACUGUGACCAACAUCAGGGGCACAAGGGGGUAUAUUGCUCCCGAGUGGUUCCAAAGCGACAGGCGCAUCGACACCAAGGUUGAUGUGUACAGCUUCGGUGUUGUGCUACUAGAGAUGAUAUGCUGCCGAAAGUCCCAGGAGCCAGUGCCUGGUCAGGAUGGUGACGACUCGGUCAUGCUAUUCGAGUGGGCUGGUCAGUUGAUUGCUGAUGGCAGGACCGAGGUUCUGUUUCAUAGUGAUGACGAUGCCAUUGAGGAUUUGGUCAGAGUGGAGAGGUUCUUGCGUGUUGCUCUCUGGUGCAUUGAGCAGAAUCCUUCGCUCCGCCCGACAAUGCACCAGGUGGUGCAGAUGCUGGAGGGUGUUGUUGAGGUCGACACUCUACCUGCUCCUACAAGCUCCAACUGUUCAUCGCCGUUCGCCUCUUCAGUCGACGAGAGCCCUCUGUUGUCAGCUGCUGCUACUCUCGCGAUAGAGUGA